UAUUGCCAUGAUGGAAGCCACGAUGCCUCGCUCCAAGUUACUACAAAAGACUGUAGCUUCAAGUUGGCUUACUUCUAUUCCUUUCCUCGCCAUCUACAUAGUCUAGUUCCAGUAUCUUUAAGAUCUCUCCCAUCUUAAUAUAACUCUCCAAGCAAAGCCGGACAACCUUCUCAAGAUGCUCUCCCAAAGCCUUCUCCCCCUCAUCCCCUUCGCCAUGUUUGGUGCCGUCAUUGCUGCCCCGAGCUCUCCCCCAUUCUCGCCUCGCGCAACACAGAUCUGCUACGACAGCGAGACGGCUGACCUCCUUUGCUAUACGGCGCCUGACAACACGCCGCAGGAUGUGGCUGUCGCCGACGUGGCCUACAUUGCAUCCUAUCUUCGCGCAUACGGAGCACAAACCAAGGCUGGACGUCUUUAUACUAUGGCAGCCGCCGACGCGCCCGAUUGCGGCGAGUGGACUAUCUAUGCGCACGGCACCGCCCAGGCCAUCGCCAAGCACCUCGACAACACUGUCAACACCAGCGUGCUUUUUGCUGAUAUCGCCAACACAAUCGAUGGAGGGGCUAGCGCUACACCCGAGCAGCAGGCCGCUGCCCUCAUCGGCUGUGGCACGGAUGGCGGCUCCUUUGGCGUGGUCUACAAUGCCUCCAACCCUGCCUACUCGGCGUCAACGUACCCCGCUGGGUACACCCCCGCAGGCAUUCUGGUGAAGAUUGUGGCGACGGGGGCUUAGGACAUGGGCGUUAAGCGCCGUUGUACAUGCCACAUCGGAAGCCGGAAGCCUGCGUGCUCUUUGAGUCUUAGCUUGUAUAUACCUACCUGGGUAGGUACUUAGGAUACUUAGCAGUAGCUCGUACGAU